AUGGAUCCAUGGAAGAAUUGGACAAGAUGCUAUCUUCUUUGGGUGUUCUGCUGUUAUUACCUCUUCCUCCUCACUGUUUCAAGUCCUUUGCCCUUGAACCAAAAAGGCACGCGGAAUUAUAAGUCCUGCAGGCUUAGCCCACGUCACUUCGAGAAGUUUGCCUUCAAGAACAUGACCUAUACUGUGGCCAAAGAGGCAAGUGCUAAUGAUCGGGACACAGUUAACAGGUUUGUGGGACAGAAUUUAUACAUCAACGUCAUGAUGAAUGAACGUUGCUACUUAAUGAAAAGAGUAACAGAUACUGUCACACAUACUCUCCAUGAUUGGAAGAACCAAAAUCCCUUUUUCGUAGAAGUAAUAUAUUUUUUGGUGGCAUUGGUUAAAGAACUGCGUAAUUGUAAUCCACCGGAAGAUACAACAUACAUAGAAAGAAAUUUGAAAAGAAUGACAGAUAAAUUAGAACAGUUGGGAGACAAUGGAAUGAACAAAAUGGUUGGUGAACUUGAUAUCCUGUAUGAUUAUCUGAGGGAUGCGUGCACUUGA